AUGGCGGCAAUUUAUAGCCUUUACAUCAUCAACAAAUCAGGUGGUUUGAUCUUCCACAAGGAUUAUGGAUCUGCUGGACGGAUGGAUACGAAUGAUAGCUUACGAGUGGCAAGUUUAUGGCAUUCUAUGCAUGCUAUCUCUCAGCAGUUAUCACCAACUGUUGGCUGUUCAGGCAUUGAACUCCUCGAAGCUGAUACCUUUGAUCUCCAUUGCUUCCAAUCACUAACUGGGACAAAGUUUUUUGUGGUGUGCGAACCUGGAACACAGCACAUGGAAGGCCUCUUAAAAGUCAUAUAUGAAUUGUACACGGACUAUGUCCUAAAGAACCCGUUUUAUGAGAUGGAGAUGCCUAUACGGUGUGAGCUCUUUGACAUCAACUUGUCCCAGGCAAUACAGAAGGAUCGCGUUGCUUUACUGGGCCGAUGA